AUGCCUGCCUACCACUCUAUCUUCCUCGACGAGGCGGACCUCCCUCUGAUCGGAAACUUCCCCCUCCUCCCUCUUCGCACCCGCACUCGUGGCCCCGCAUACGUCCUCCCCGCGCUUCCUCCUUCAGAGUCAGAUAUCGAUAUCGAUCCCAAUAGCGAGUCAUACGACUGCAUAGACGAGGUCUUGUCGCUAUUCCGCGCAAAUGUGCUUUUCCGCAACUUCGAGAUCAAGGGCCCUGCCGACCGCAUGUUGAUCUACGGCAUUUUGUUUCUGAGCGAGUGCUUGGGCAAGGUCAAGGCAGGGACAUCAGCUCGGGAUGCCGAGAAGGCUCUCAUCAACACGGCGCUCGAACAAUUCUCUAUCCCCGGUGAUGCCUCGUUCCCUCUGAACCACGCAUUUGAACGUCCUCGUGAUAGGCAAGACGCGGAACAGCUCCGACAAUACCUCUCCCAAGUUAGACAAGAACUCGCCAUUCGACUGCACGCUAGAUUAUAUCCUGGCGGUGAAGGUCCCUCCAAGUUCUGGCUUAGCUUUGCGAAGAGAAAGUUCAUGGGAAAAAGUCUAUAG